UGACUAGGUUUGCGUGUGCAGUAUUUUUAUAGCCUCAGACGGAAAGAUGCUCAGGCUAUCUCACAGUGUAUCAUAAUCUCUGAGCGUGGGCAUGAAGGAAGAUUCCCUCCACUAAGUUAAUUGUUGACUUAGUUAGGACGUGACGUUUUAGUAGCUAUCCUUUGAGCAAACAGCAGUAACUUGCGCUGACACAUCGCUCCUCACGCGUGCGAUGUGAAACAUGGAUCAUCCAGCGUAUCAUGGGCCGAUAAGCAAACAGAGAUGUGAGGAGCUGCUCGGCAAGAAAGGACGGGAUGGAACAUACCUCAUUCGGGACAGCGAGACCAUUCAGGGAGCUCUCUGUCUCUGUGUGUACAAACAAAAAGUGGUCUAUACUUACAGGAUCCUCCAAACCCACACCGGAUACUUCACUCUGCAGGCUAGCUCAGGUGUAGAGGAGAAGUUUUUCAAGACGAUGAAGGAUCUUAUUCGUCAUUACAAGCAAAAGAAUCAAGGACUUGCAACACACUUAUGCCGUUCGCUGAAAAGAAAAACGCUACAAGAUCAGCCGUUGCAAUGUGCAGAACCACUAGUGCCUAACGAGGAAAAUGACUAUGAAAAUGUUGACUGCUCAGGGGACUAUGUUGUUGUUCUGCCGGACUGAUUUAGUCACAAUGUGAUGUUCUGGAUAACUGGAUCAGUUAAUAUGAACGAUAUAUCUGUAGAUGUGCUAUUACGGUUUCUGAGAACUUUCUGGCCAUUUUCACCUCAAAUACGGGGAAUGCACGUGGAAUCUUGUAACUUCAAUCACAUUUUAGCAUGGGUAUGUUUUUGUGCAUGGAAAAUGCAUAAAUUGGGGAAGUACAUUUUAAUGCUGUAAUGGUGUGAAUUUUAUAAAAGCCUGUUUCUGCUUUGGAAUAAAGAGGUAAUUGCAACUUUUCAUCUCAUAAUUCGGAUGUUGUUUCUCACAAUUUUGAGGGAAAAAAAUUCAGAAUUGCAAGAUAUAAACUCAGUCUAUACCUCACAAUUCUGAGUUUAUAUCAUGCAGUUCUGAAGAAAUGAGAAUUGUGACAAAAAGGUCAGAAUUGUGUGAUGUAAACUAAGAAAUGCAAGGAAAAAUUUCAAAAUUGUGACACAAAUGUUACAUUUUUUUAAAUUCUGUGGCAGAAAUAGGCUUUCAUAGGAUUUUGGUGUCAUUUGUUACAAAUUAUAGUAUCAUCAUAAUCAUUUGAGUGAAAAGUUAAUUUGAAAAAUUAACAUGGUUUUCAGAAUGUCUUGGUACUUGGGAUUGCAUUAAUGAUAAAUGAUUUAAUGUACGGAGGAGUUCACAUAUGUUUGAUUUAGUGUCCUAAAAUAUUACAUAUUGUUUAUUUAUUUUACAACAUUCUAGAAAUGCUAAAACUUGGUUUUAGAUUUUUAAUGUGGCCUCAGACUUUUUAAGUCAUUGUUUGUCAUUGGCCAAUAAAGUCUGGUUGGAAUUGUAAUACUAAUCUGGAUGGGAGAGAAAUAUUAGGUUUGUAUUUUGUGCUUGAUGACCUGCUCAUAACUCAAGGACAAAAAGAGAUUUUUACUGUAUAUAUGUUUUUUUUGUUGUUGUUGUUGUUAGAGAAUGUGUAUCUGAAUAUUGUAUGUACAGUUUAUAAAUAUAAUCUAAUUUUGUCUCGAACAGAGUCUAUAAUAAUGUAUGUAAAUGUUAUGUAUUAUUAUUAUACGUAUUGAAUGGGCUGUCUUAAGGUUUUCACAUGUAAAGAGUUUAUUUGCAAAAACAGAUAACUUGCACAAUGAAAAAACAUGAUUUUUGAGAACGGUUAAAAACGGAGUUAUCUAAUUUAGCAAAUUAACUCUUCAUGUAAAUAUAUAUAUAGCCUACAUAGCUUUCUAUAUAGCUUUCUUUACCACAACUUAAAAUAGAUGGGCCCACAUUGGGCUGUCAAACAAUUUCCAUUACGCUGUUCACUGUGGGCAAAUACAGCAAGUGACGUAGCCUGGUGUUACUGUCUGAUUUUAAGUUUGAUUGGUGUCUUUA